AUGCCAGCUACAUUAUCAAAUAAACCAGCAGUUAUGAAAAGAAAACCCAUGAAAGAAAUUUUGAAGCUAGCAGAACCGUCAACAUCAACAGAUCAUUACUCUGAAUGCUCGGUACAUCAAUUACAUACAAAAAUGGAAGGAAAUACAUCUCACAAAGAAAAUCUUGAUCCGGUUACUGCGAUGCAAGCACCUGUGAUAUCAACAAAUCCUGUAGUUAUAAAGAAAAGGGCUGAAAUGGUUUUAGGAGGAACAUUAGCAGUCAAGAAAAAGACCAAAAGGAGAGCACGUGGGAUCUGUGACAGAAAACAUAUGGCCGCCGAGCUUCAGCAUGUCAAGCAAGUGUUGCAAGACAAACAAGCUUCGGGUCCCGCGCCGAGUGAAGCCGGCCACAGUCGAGCGCCCGCCUGCUGUACUGCCGUAUUUCAGAGGAGUCACAGACAAGGUCAUUACUCUGAACGUUCGGUACAUCGAUUAUACACAAAAAUGGAAGGAAAUACUUCUCACAAAGAAAAUCUUGAUCCAGUUACUCCAAUGCAAGAUCCUGUGAUAUCAACUAAUCCUGUAGUUAUAAAGAAAAGGGCUGAAAUGUUUUUAGGAGGAGCAUUGGGAGACAAGAAAAAGACAAAGGGUAUCCUUCGAGAAGAGUACGAAGAUGCUGAUCUGCUGCUUUUAUGGAUAAUAUUUUCGACUCAGUUAAUGGCAGUUCUCUUACGCCGUCACGACUUAUUACACUACAGGGCAUACAGCGCAUAA